AUGGUGCGCGCGCCCGGCCUCCCGGCGGCCCUCCUGGGCCUGGGGGUGGUGCUGACCCUCCCGGGGGCGGGCGCGUCGGGCUGCAGGGCGCUCGGCCCGGCGGAGCGCCUGGCUUUCGCGCCGGCGGCCAGGGCCCGCUGGCUGGCCCCUCGCGCCCGCGCCCCGGGCCCCCUGGACUCGCUGUACGGCACCGUGCGCAGCUUCCUCUCGGCGGUGCAGCUCAACCCCUUCCCCGCGGAGCUCAUAAAGACCCUGCUGAAAGAGCCGGCCUCUGUGAAGGUGGAUGAGGUGUUGCGGUACCAGGCGGGCUACGUGGUGUGCGCCGUGAUCGCCGGCCUCUACCUGCUGGCGAUGCCCACCGCCGGGCUCUGCUUCUGCUGUUUGCGCUGCCGCCGGCGCUGCGGGGGUCGAGUGAAGAUGGAGCACAAGACGAUGGCCUGCGAGCGUGGUGUCCUCAUGGCCUUCCUGCUGCUGACCACCCUCGUGCUGCUGAUCGGUGUGGUCACCGCCUUUGUCACCAACCAGCACAUGCACGAGCAGAUGGGCCCCAGUGCCGCGGCUGUGCCGGAGGCUCUGCUCAGCCUCCGGGGCCUGGUUUCCGAGGUCCCCCAGGAGCUGCAGGCUGUGGCAGAGCAGUUUUCACUUCCUCAGGAGCAAGUCUUGGAGGAACUGAAUGGCGUCGGCAGCACCAUCGGGAAGGCGAUGCACUCCCAGCUCAAGAGCACCGUGUAUGAGGCGCUGGCCUCAGUGCUCAGCCUGGGCCAGGCCCUGCAGGUCUCCGUGGACCACCUCCGAGGCCUGAACGCCACCUCUGUGGAGCUGCAGGAGGGGCAGGAUGCCCUGGCGCCAGCUCUCCACGGGCACCAGCAGCGCCUCCUGGCACUGCUGCAGGAGCCCCACUGCCAGGGCUGUGCAGGGGCCCUGAACAAAAGCCACACCCUGGAGCUGGGAGCAGACUUCAGCCAGGUGCCUUCCGUGGGCCAUGUCCUACAUUGGCUGAAAGACGUCCCAGAGGCCAACUUCUACAGCAUGGUCUGGGAGGAGAACAUCACCUUCAACGCCCUCCCAAUCCUGGCUGCCUUGCAGACGGCCGACAUGGUCAGAGAGCUGAAGAAGGUGGUGGCUGAGCAGCCCAGAGGCCUAAAUACAAUGGGAGAAGCGUUCCCAGUCUGGGAGGCAGCUUCUCGCUGGAGCCAGGCCCUGGAAGAGGUCGAAGAGAGCAGCCGCCCCUUCCUGGAGGAAGUGCAGAGAUAUGAGAGAUACAGGUGGAUUGCAGGUUGCGUGCUGUGCUCGGUGGUCCUGCUCGUGGUGGUCUGUAACCUGCUGGGCCUCAAUCUGGGCAUCUGGGGGCUAUCUGCCAGAGAGGACCCCAGCCACUCGGAAGCCAAGGGUGAAGCCGGAGCCCACUUCCUCAUGGUGGGCGUGGGCUUCAGCUUCCUCUUGGCUGUGCCCCUCAUCCUCCUCGUCUUCUCCACCUUCUUGGUGGGCGGCAACGUGCAGACGCUGGUGUGCCAGAGCUGGGAGAGCGGAGAGCUGUACGAGUUUGUAGACACUCCAGGGAGCUUGCCACCAUCCAUGAACUUGUCCCAACUUCUUGGCCUGAAGAGGAACCUCAGCAUCCUCCUGGCCUAUGAGCAGUGCAAGCAAGGGGCUGCACUCUGGACUGUCCUUCGGCUCAAUGACUCCUAUGACCUGGAGAAGCACCUGGAUAUCAGCCAGUACACCGUCAAGCUGCAGCAGGAGUUGCAGAAGCUCAAAGUGGACGUGCAGAAUCUGGACCUGCUGAGCCCCGCCGCCCGCCGGGACCUGGAGGCUCUGCAGAGCAGUGGGCUCGAGAACAUCCACUACCCUGGCUUCCUUGUCGAGAUCGAGAAGCCAGUGGUGAAUAGCGAUGUGGAGAAGCUGGCCCAGGAGCUGGAGGGACUGUCGCAGACCCAAGGCAAUGCUACGCUGAGGCAGAAGCUGCAGGACGAGGCCCGAGGCCUCCAGCACCUCCAUCAGGAGAAGGUCCUCCCGCAGCAGAACCUUGUGGCUAAACUCAACCUCAGUGUCCAGGCACUGGCAUCCUCUGCCCCACACCUCCAGUCAGAGAUCAUAGGCGUCCUGGACAGAGUCACUUACCUGAAAGGCGAGCUGCCAACCCGGGCCACCCACAUCCUGAGGAAUGAAAGUGAGUGUUUCCUGAUGCGGGAAAUGAGCUACUUCUCCCAGUACACGGCCUGGGUGAGAGAGGAGGUGACUCGGCGCAUUGCCACCUGCCAGCCCCUCUCUGGAGCCCUGGACAAUGGCCGUGUGAUCCUGUGUGACAUGGUGGCUGACCCCUGGAACGCCUUCUGGUUCUGCCUGGGGUGGUGCACCUUCUUCCUGAUCCCCAGCAUCGUCUUUGCUGUCAAGACCUCCAAGUACUUCCAUCCCAUUCGGAAACGCCUCAGCUCCACCAGCUCAGAGGAGACGCAGCUCUUCCACAUCCCCCGGGUCACCUCCCUGAAGCUCUAG